GGAGGAGCCCGGAGGCUGCUCGCGAGGCUGGAGGCUCCCCGCAGAGCUUAAAUGCUCUCCUGUACUUAAACCGGUGCGACUUUCUCACCGGAUAAACCUGAAACGCCCAAGCAACAUCUUUCCCUGCCGGGUAACUCGCUUUUUCUGUUUGUUUGUUCCUUUCUUUCCCUCGCCGUACGUGCGUGCAAUUAAUGGAAGCGGUUUCAUUCUCCUCGAAACAGCUGGGAAGCCGAAGGCGGUGCCGUCGGUGAGGAGCCCUUUGCCCGUCCCGUGCCUGCUUUCCCACCGCUCGGGCUGUAAAUUCUCCUUUCAGCGCGUGGCCGAACCUCGAGCGCCGUUUGUGCAGCUGCUGCCCUGGCGCCCAGGGUCACCUCCGUGCCUGGUGGGCGCCCGUGGCCCCCCGCCCCCCCGCUGCACCAUGGCGUCCCGCAUCGGCCUGCGGAUGGAGCUGAUGAAGCAGCAGGCGCAGCAGGAGGCCGAGAGGGAGCGCAUGCAGCAGCAGAUGAUGAUGAACUACAUGCAGCAGCAGCGGAUGCCGGUGGCCUCCAGCCCGGCCAUCAACACCCCCGUCCACUACCAGUCCCCGCCGCCCGUGCCCGGAGAGGUCCUCAAGGUGCAGUCCUACCUGGAGAACCCCACCACCUACCACCUGCAGAAGUCGCGGGACAAGAAGGUGCAGGCGUACCUCUCCGAGACCUACGGGAACAAGUUCGCCGCCCACGUCAGCCCCGCCAGCCACUCGCCAAAGCCACCUCCGGCCGCGUCCCCCGGCGUGCGGCCCGGCCACGUCCUGUCCUCCUCGGCGGGCAACAGCGCGCCCAACAGCCCCAUGGCCAUGCUCAACAUCGGCUCCAACCCCGAGAGGGAGUUCGAUGAGGUCAUCGAUGACAUCAUGCGCCUGGAUGAUGUUUUGGGCUACAUGAACCCCGAAGUCCACAUGCCCAACACGCUGCCGAUGUCCAGCAGUCACAUGAAUGUGUACAGCGGGGACCCCCAAGUGACCGCCUCGCUCGUCGGCGUCACCAGCAGCUCCUGCCCCGCCGACCUCACCCAGAAGAGAGAGUUGACAGAUGCCGAGAGCCGAGCCCUGGCAAAGGAGCGCCAGAAGAAGGACAAUCACAACCUGAUUGAGAGGCGGCGAAGGUUCAACAUCAACGACCGCAUCAAGGAGCUGGGGAUGCUGAUCCCCAAGGCCAACGACCUGGACGUGCGCUGGAACAAAGGGACGAUCCUGAAGGCUUCCGUGGACUACAUCAAGAGGAUGCAGAAGGACUUGCAGAGGUCGCGGGACCUGGAGAACCACUCCCGGCGGCUGGAGAUGACGAACAAGCAGCUGCUGCUCCGCAUCCAGGAGCUGGAGAUGCAGGCGCGUGUCCACGGGCUGCCCACCUCCUCGCCCUCGGGUGUCAACGUGGCCGAGCUGGCCCAGCAGGUGGUGAAGCAAGAAGCCGGCGGGGACGAGGGGACGCUGGAGCCGCUGCUUCCCCCCCAGGACCCCGAAUCGCAGCCGACGCUGCCUCCGCCGCCGCAGUCUCCCUACCACCAGCUGGACUUUACCCACAGCCUGAGCUUCGACGACGGCUCCCGGGGUUUCCCCGAUAGCCUGGAGCCCGGCCACGGCGCUUCCUUCCCUUCGCUCUCCAAGAAGGAGCUGGACUUGAUGCUGAUGCAGGACACCAUGCUGCCCCUGGCCUCCGACCCCUUGUUCUCGGCCAUGUCCCCGGAGGCCUCCAAGGCCAGCAGUCGCCGCAGCAGCUUCAGCAUGGAGGACGCGGACAUGCUGUGACGAGGAGCUGCGCCCGCGCUGGGGGCGAGGACUGGGCCUUCGAGUUUGGUUGCUGAAGUCACGGCGCGCUCUUCCUCCCCUCCCCGGAGGAGGAGCCCGGCCCGCCGAGCACCUGAAUCUACGUAGGAGUACAUUUUCUCUAUGCAAUGGGGGGGGGGGGGGAGGGCUCGCUUCAAGGCUCGCCGGGUACCGCCACGUCUUUUGCAAGCUUUUUAUUUUAUUUUAUUUUAUUUUGCCCGGAGCUGGAGCCGACCUUCUUGGCUUGCCGUGGCAUUGGCCUGACUGCAGCUUUUCCCAGCCCUCGGCUGCCUUCACCUUCCAGCAAAACCCUCCCGGACCGUGCUCCUUCCCCAGGGCUCGGAGCGGAUCGAGGCGCCUCCAAGUCCCCGGAGGGAGAGGAUGCUCAGAGCUUUUUGCCUUGCUACCCCCUCGCCCCCUCCUGGAUCCGACGGCCCCACGGAUGCCAUCGGUGGCUGCAUCCACCUCCCCGCAGGGGCUUCUCCUUCCCUGCGGGUGCCGGGGAGGCAGGAGCGGUGCUGCCCGGCCCCACAGCACCGACCUCCUCCUCUAGGUAGUGGGGAGAGCAAAUUAAUUCACGGGGCACGGGAGGGGUCCCGUGAGUUUUGUUGCUUCGGUGUCCCGGGGCUCGUUUGGGUGUGCAGCUCCGCCACAGCUCGCGCAAACCCUCGGUGGGGGGGUCCGGCAGCGCCCCAAACCCCGUUGUCACCUGGGCACCGGUGACAUCCA